AUGUAUAGCGAGGUGGAGCCAGUGUCGCUAGUCGACCAACAGUUUCCAGAUGGCACCAAUGACGAAGAAGACGAUCGCGUGCGACACAGUGAGUGCGUGAACAUGAAUGUGGUUGCCCUGCACGACAUGCUGCGGCACUUGGGCUGCGCCGGUGAUUGUGGCGGUCAAGGUGCUCAGAGCGCAAGCGGCGGCUUUACAUCCUCGUCUGCGUCUUGCCUGCCACCUGAGAUGGUGGACGCACUACUACACUACCUGGUGAGGCUGCAGGAAGACGUUCGUCAACUUGAUGCCCGAGCGCAACUUCUUGAUGAGCAGCGCGCGCGCGACACCAAAAAAGCGGAGCUGCUCAACGAGCGAACAGAGAGGCUGAAGGAUGCAGUAGCCAGCAUGUCUGCGAAGAGCUCGGCCGAAAUGAAGGAGUUCCGAGAUUACUUACAGCAGCAUGCGAGCGCCAGUAAGCAGCGCCAACGUGAACUUGUGGACUUGACCCGCAAGCGCGAGAAGCUGGAGUUGGAGGUGAAGCGUACUCGAAUGGAGAUGGAUCGACUCCGCAAGAUAGCGAAACGCGUGCGGUGA